CUCUGUAUCUCCAUCACUCAGCCACACGGACUCAGACGAGCCCAGAGCAUGUGUGAGGAAGGAUGCGAUGUGUCAUUGCAUAGCCGGCUGCUUUCUGUGAAUGUUGUUUAAGUGUGUGCUGCCGCUGUCACUCUCAUCGCCGCGUGUGCGCCUGCCAACCGGCCGUCCUGGCUAGCAACAUGUUCCGUCGAACCAAAAGUUGUCGCACCAGUAACCGCAAGAGUCUGAUCUUGACGAGUACGUCUCCCACUCUUCCCCGGCCUCACUCUCCUUUACCAGGACACAUUGGAAGCAGUCCGCUGGACAGUCCUAGGACGUUCUCCCCCAGCGCACCGGCCCAUUUCUCUUUUGCCUCAUCCAGAAGGGCUGACGGCAGACGCUGGUCUCUGGCCUCUCUUCCCUCCUCUGGAUAUGGGACAAACACACCCAGCUCAACGUCUUCCAGCUCGUCUCAGGAGCGGCUGCAUCAGUUGCCGUUCCAGCCCACCCUGGACGAGCUGCACUUCCUGUCCAAACACUUUGGCAGCACUGAGAGCAUCACUGAUGAUGACGGACGGAGAUCACCGCAAGUGCGACCGCGCUCACGGAGUCUCAGUCCAGGGCGAUCACCUUCCUGUUACGACAGUGAGAUUGUUAUGAUGAACCAUGUUUAUAAGGAGCGGUUCCCUAAGGCCACGGCUCAGAUGGAGGAGCGCUUGGCUGAGUUCAUCGAGUCGUACUCACCUGAGAACGUGCUGCCGCUGGCUGACGGGGUCCUCAGCUUCAUCCACCACCAGAUCACCGAGCUGUCCCGAGACUGCCUGACCAAAUCUCGUGAAGGCCUCAUCUCCACCGUCUACUUCUACGAGCUGCAGGAAAACCUUGAGAAGCUGCUCCAUGAAGCCUAUGAGCGAUCAGAGAGCUCAGAGCUGACCUUCAUCGCAGAGCUGGUGAAGAAACUCUUCAUCAUCAUCUCCCGUCCUGCCCGACUGCUUGAAUGUCUGGAGUUUAACCCCGAAGAGUUCUAUCACCUUCUGGAGGCAGCAGAAGACCACGCUAAAGAGGGCCAGCUAAUGAAAGCAGACAUCCCGCGAUACAUCAUCAGCCAGCUCGGCCUGACCAGAGACCCUCUGGAAGAAAUGGUGAAUUUGGAGAGUUAUGACAGCGAGGGACCCCACACGCCGGAGACGGACGACUCUGCUGAAGGGAAGCUCAAAGUCAAACCGCCCUGUGAAUCAGACUUCCAGACUAUCAAACUCAUCAGCAAUGGAGCAUAUGGAGCUGUGUAUUUAGUCAGACACAGAGAGACGCGGCAGCGCUUUGCUAUGAAGAAGAUCAACAAACAAAACCUGCUCUUGCGGAACCAGAUCCAGCAGGCGUUCGUGGAGCGGGACAUCCUGACCUUCGCUGAGAACCCCUUCGUGGUCAGCAUGUUCUGCUCUUUUGAGACGCGCCGUCACCUGUGUAUGGUUAUGGAGUAUGUGGAGGGUGGUGACUGUGCAACACUGCUAAAGAAUAUAGGAGCACUUCCUGUGGAAAUGGCCCAGAUGUACUUUGCUGAAACAGUUUUAGCGCUGGAGUACAUUCAUAAUUAUGGCAUUGUACACCGAGACCUGAAACCAGACAAUCUGUUGAUCACGUCGAUGGGUCACAUUAAGCUGACGGAUUUUGGCUUGUCAAAAAUGGGGCUCAUGAAUCUCACCACAAACCUGUACGAGGGACACAUCGAGAAGGACGCCAGGGAGUUCCUGGACAAACAGGUGUGUGGUACACCGGAGUAUAUCGCCCCGGAGGUCAUUCUCAGGCAGGGCUAUGGGAAACCAGUGGACUGGUGGGCCAUGGGUAUCAUCCUCUACGAAUUCCUAGUGGGCUGCGUGCCGUUCUUUGGAGACACAACUGAAGAGCUCUUUGGUCAGGUGAUCACAGAUUAUAUUGAGUGGCCUAAGGGAGACGAGGCACUGCCUAGUGAAGCUCAGAGCCUGAUUUCUGCCCUGCUGCAAACCAACCCACUAGUGCGAUUGGGCACAGGUGGUGCGUUUGAAGUGAAGCAGCACUGGUUUUUCUUGGGAUUGGACUGGAAUGGUUUACUCCGACAGAAGGCCGAGUUUAUCCCUCAUCUAGAGUCUGAGGAGGACACCAGCUAUUUCGACACGCGGUCCGAGCGUUAUCGGCACAUCAACUCCUAUGACGAGGACGACACCAACGACGAUGAGCCAGUAGAGAUAAGACAGUUCUCCUCCUGCUCGCCGCGCUUCAGCAAGGUGUAUAGCAGCAUGGAGCACCUGUCCCAGCUGGAGCAGAAGACCCCUGUAGUUACCCGUCGAGAGCACAAAGGUCGCCGUGAUGACAAGAUGGCCAAGCGGGAGAGUCUGGGAAGCUUCACUAUGAGGGACAAGAGCUGGAGGACAGGCUCACCUGAGAUGAAGCGUCUAUCAUGCUCUGAGUCUCUGUAUAUGGAGGGAGAUUGUAGUCCUCCGAUGGGUGCCCGGCGUCGUUUUUCAGCCCUAAUGGACACUCACCGGUUUGCCGCUCCUCAAGAGGGUGAUGGAGAGCUCUCAGAAAAGCAGGGUGCUGCUAAAGCCCCGGGAUCAUUAGUAGAGGGAGCCACUGCUCCAUCAUCGCCCAGUGCCAAUGAACAGAGGAAUGCUGGAAAGGAAGUGAUGUCAGCCAGUAAAGGGGCAGACAAGCCACUGAGACCAGGUGAGAUAUCAGCACCACAGGCCAUACCAGGAGCCAUAGCAGUGGUCGGUAGGGACGUGGUUGCCAUGGGUGACACUGUCGGACAGCGAGCGACCAAGGAUCUGGUGCUUCGGCAAGCGCGUCACCAGCAGCUGUCAAGUGAUGGGGAGAAACGCACCUCGCGUCCCGGCACCAAGGUCAUCAAAUCUGCAUCUGCCACCGCUUUGUCUGUCAUCAUACCCGGAGUUGAGCAGCAUGGUAGCUCUCCAUUGGCCAGUCCAAUGUCCCCACGCUCUCUCUCGUCCAACCCCUCAUCACGAGACUCCUCUCCCAGCCGUGAUUACUGCCCCACAGUAACAGUGCUUCGUUCACCAAUUACCAUCCACCGCUCUGGCAAAAAGUAUGGGUUCACACUCCGUGCCAUUCGGGUCUACAUGGGCGACACUGAUGUCUACAGUGUGCACCACAUAGUCUGGCAUGUGGAGGAUGGAGGCCCUGCUCAGGAGGCGGGACUAUGUGCUGGUGACCUCAUCACUCAUGUCAAUAGUGAAUCUGUGCAUGGAUUGGUUCAUACCGAGGUGGUAGAGCUUAUACUUAAGAGUGGAAACAAGGUGACUGUGACCACAACACCUUUUGAAAACACGUCCAUUAAAGUGGGACCAGCACGCAAGUCCAGUUACAAGUCCAAGAUGGCUAGACGCAGUAAGAGGACAGUCAAAGAGGGACAGGAGAGUAAGAGACGCGGGUCUUUGUUCCGCAAAAUAACUAAGCAAUCCAACCUGCUGCAUACGAGCCGUAGUUUGUCAUCUCUGAACCGGUCCCUGUCAUCCAGCGAUAGUCUUCCUGGCUCUCCGACACACAGCCUGUCCGGUCACUCCCCUACCCAGAGCUACCGCUCAACCCCCGAGUCAUCCCAUCUUGGUGCCUCCUCCCAGAGCAGUUCUCCUGCCUCCAGUACCCCAAAUUCCCCCGCAACAACCCAGCAUAUGAGACCCAGCUCCCUGCAUGGACUUUCCCCCAAACUACACCGCCAAUACCGUUCAGCCCGCUGCAAGUCAGCGGGCAACAUUCCUUUGUCUCCAUUGGCUCAUACACCAUCCCCAACUCAGUCCUCACCACCUCCUUUGCCUGGGCACACAGUCGGAAGCUCCAACACCACCCAAACCUUUCCUGUCAAACUACACUCAUCCCCACCAAUCAUAAGGCCUAGACCCAAGAGUGCCGAGCCACCCAGAUCACCGCUACUCAAAAGAGUGCAGUCAGCAGAGAAACUCGGGUCACCGCUUUCAUCUUCAUCUGAGAAGAAAGGUGGGAUUGGCGUGAUGAGGAAGCACAGUUUGGAGGUUGGACAUUCAGAUUUUCGUAAGGAUGGUUUCCACUGUGAGCUUGGCCUCCAGAGUUUGGUGGAAAUUGAGGGUGAGAAUCUGGCAUCUGCUCCAACAACUUCUCCUUCACCCACUCAACCGUCACCGCCUGAAAAGGGUGUUCUGAAGCCGGUCCGGAAGCUGGGCAGGCAGGAGUCACCUUUGAGUAGAGAUGCUUUGCUUGCCGGGAGGGAAAGGGAUCGAGACAAGGAGAGGACUGGUGAACCAAGUCAAGUUAGUGAGGCUAAACCAGGGGCAGUCAAAGAGACGCUCCCUUCUGGUGGCAUUACUCCACCUGGAAGUAAGAAAUCUCCAAGUGUUGAAGCAUCUCCGCGGCCCCCUUCUACACUACAGGAAAGUUGCCUAGCCAAGCCUCAGACUUGGCAGCCUCCGGUAGCAUCAGAGUCCAAACCUAGUGUAGUUGCCUCUAUUCCAUCGCCCCUGACCACAACAUCUUCCCCGUCUGCCAAAACAACAGAUCCAAGUUUCAUUAAGGAAAUGGGAAAUUAUGACCAAGGAAGUCUUACAAAAGAUGUCCAAAGCCAGGCAUUAGGAACCACUAAGCCUUCAUGCUCUGUGAGUACAUCAGGUGUUAUCAACAAAGACUUGUUGGAGAAAGAAGGGGGAAAGGGUACUGGGAAGAAAGAGGUGAAAUCAGAUUUUGGGAAGACUUCAACUUCAGUCAAGCCAAGUAUGCUAUGCAGUGAUCCUGGGAAGACAACAAGCACAGAGAUAACCAAAGCAAGUAAGGGACCAGGUGACAGAGAGGGUUUCAAAAAGAGCAUAUUAGAUUCCCAUACCAGAACUUUAGAUGUCAGGGCAAGAACUGCUCCAUCCAAAGGGGUUGUCCCAUCCCACCCACCCCAGGUGCAGUGCUCUGCUUUGGGAAAACUUAGGCAGGACAAGGGCUUAGCUCCGGUCAGCUGCUACCGGGGAACAUUGGAUUGGGAGGACAAAUGUCUCUUGGAAGUUGUUGAGGAACACUCUCCAUCUCCCACUCCUUCUCCAACUGGAGUUCCUCCUGAUCUGCCCAAAACUCAACUUCAGUCUCCUGGUGAAAAAUCUGGUUUGGCUACACAGUUGACAAGCACAGGGAAAUCUAUAGGGCCUGUUAGAGGUGGAACUCAGGAGGGGCCCAAUGCCAAAGAUACCACCAAAUCAUUGGAGGUCACCAAGGCUUGUGCACCAGGAAGACCUGAUCCUGCUUCUGGGAGUAGACCAAGCACCAAAGGAGUCAGUCAGAGUCCUACUAGCACCUCUCCGCAGGUGAAGACUGUCAUUACUCCUAAGCAUGGCUCUUGAUCUUGUGCUAGUUGGAAUAAUAAAUGCUUUUUUUUUUAGGGUUUAGCAGAAUUCACUGUUUUUGAGCACUUAGACUUUUAGGGACAUUCCACCCAGUGAAAAAAAGACAUUAAACCAUAUUACGCUGAACAAAGACCACAACUCCUGUUAUUUAGUGUACAUGCAGAGCUGCAUCAGAAAAAGAUUAUAGAUGUAUUAUAUUAGAAUGUGUGUUGGGUGUUUAUGUAUGAGGAGAUGAAUUGGUGCAUGUUUUGUGGUGCUUGUGCUACAAGGUAAAAAAAUUGAAAGUGCUUUAACAGAUCAAGCAAUGCUGAAUACUGUGAACACCAAAACAAUGUUACUACUUUUCUAAGCUGACCAACCACUUCAUUUCCUUAAACUGAAAAGAAUUUGUUCAAGGUAACGGCAUAUCAAGUUUUUGGCAUAGACAGAACAUAAUCAAGAACACAUUGCUUCCUUAGCUGUUUUUUUUUUUUUUUGGCUUGUUACAUGAUUCAGGAGUUUAUAAUCAGGUUUAGCAUAUCCAUUAGUGCAGGGGCAGCAUUUCCGUAUGGCAGUCGCCAUACCCCAGUUGUUCAUUGCCAUACCCUAGGCGACCCCCCACGACCCCGGAACGCGAUUUCAACCGAGAGGGGACCUCCCCCCAGGGCUUUAGGACAGACCAAGAACAGACUGGAACGAAUCGAGGGGGAGGCCAGUGCCAUACCUUAUGGUUCUGUGAAAUGCUGCCACUGCAUUAGUGGCUAGCGCAUACUGCUUUAGCCAUGAGGAGGAUACUGCCUAAACCAUAGAUUCAUUCCCCUUAUAAAAUUCCCUCUUAACUAAGUCUCUCAUCAUACUGAAUUAAGACAGUUGAAACUGUUGACAUUUUGUCGAUUUUGCUGAUUGAUGCCUUCUGAGGUAAAUAUCAGUCCAUUUACAGCAAGGUGGUGCAUUUGGUGGCCAGUUUUGAAUGGGGAAAGACUAAAAUAUUCAAAGCUUACAUUGAAAUAACUUGUCAAAUCACCAAUAUAAUAAAUGGUAUCAUAAAUUUAGCAUCUUGUAGCUAAAUUUAGCUAUUUAUUCUCAAAUCAAACUAACUAAACUAAAAAGGCAAUGAUGUUCCUCCAAGACAAUCAUUGAUCUGACCAUAGAAGAAUAAGUUCCUUAGUAUGCAUUGACAAGCAGGUGCCUCUAUGUUUGCAUACUUGCCUAGAGUGUGUUUCUAGCCUUACAGUGUCUCUGUAAAUUUACAGUUUACUGGCAGAUUUGAUUCAUACUCAAAAGUAGGUCAAUGUAAUGUACAGCUCUUGACAUGGACUGGUGCAUCUUUACUCUAUUCUGUGCUACUGAAUUCUCCUUGAAAGUGAUCGUUGACCUCACUGUGACUCUAGCGCUCAAGUCUCAUAUUCUCUACCUGAAUUAUAAUUCUUCAGCCAUGGGGGUUUGCAGUCGGUUAAAGCAAGGGGUCAAAGUUUGGCUGGUUAGCAUGGCCCAGUUAGCCCCUGAUGUUAGAUGUCAUAACUACACCAUCUGGCUGGCAAAGAGAGCAUUGACAGUCAUUCAAAAGAAACUGUGUAUUGAAAUGAAUGCAAAUGCAUUUUGUAAAUCAGUAAAAUGAGAGAAGUGGUUAAGGGUUUGAACAUCUUUGCAAGGCACUGGCUAUGUUUUCUGGAGCAGUGACUAUUGAAAGUGAGAUUAUAAACUAAAAACCGUAAGUGCUAAAUACAUAUCAACAAAUUUGAAGGACAUGAGUAUCGUCUUGUCAUAUAACACAGGUCUUGAUUACAGAAACUGUUGGAUCAGCAAAUUAAUGAUGGUAGUUGGAAUCUGCUGAGUGAAAGAGGAUUCUAUGGUAAAUAUAUUCUAUAGUUACUCAAGCAUCAGUAAAUGUCACUGUUGUCAUGGCAACUUGGAGCCGGUGUAGCCUGCCGUCUGUUGGUGUUUCUUUGUGUGGUCUGAAUGUUGUUCACUAACAUGCAA